AAAUGACAUUAUAACAGGAGGACUUAAUCGCCUGGUGGAGUUGGCAGACCCUGCAGCCUGUCUCCCAUUCGACAGAAAGCUCCUUCCUUCUCACAGCAGCUCCCCCCUCUCAGAAAUCUGCCAAUAUGUCUGACAACGAAGAAGUGGAGCAAGUAGAGGAGGAAUACGAAGAAGAAGAGGAAACACAAGAAGAAGAAGCUCAAGAGGAAGAAGUCCGUGAAGAAGAGAAGAAGCCCAGAGUUAUACUACCACCGAUGACUGCUCCUAAAAUCCCAGAGGGGGAGAAAGUAGACUUUGAUGACAUCCAAAAGAAGAGGCAGAACAAAGACCUGGUUGAGCUUCAAGCCUUGAUUGAUAAUCACUUUGAAGCUCGGAAGAAGGAAGAGGAAGAACUGCUAGGCCUUAAAGAAAGAAUCGAGAAGCGUAGAGCGGAAAGGGCUGACCAGCAAAGAAUCCGGGCUGACAAGGAAAAGGAGCGCCAGUCCAGGCUUGCUGAGGAGAAGGCAAGAAGAGAGGAGGAAGAUGCCAAGAGAAGGGCUGAAGAUGACCUGAAGAAGAAGAAGGCUCUGACCUCCAUGGGUGCCAAUUACAGCAGCUAUUUGGCUAAGGCUGAUCAAAAAAGAGGAAAGAAACAAACUGCAAGGGAAUUGAAGAAGAAGGUCCUGGCAGAAAGGCGCAAACCCCUAAACAUUGACCACCUUAGUGAAGACAAACUGAGGGAUAAAGCCAAGGAGUUGUGGGACUGGUUAUAUCAACUGGAAACAGAGAAGUAUGAGUUUUUAGAGAAGAUGAAGAGAGAAAAAUAUGAUAUUUUAUCACUACGUUGCAGGGUGGAGGCACUGUCCAAGUUAUCACCACCUUCAGGAGCCGGAUUGAUCAGGCCCAGAAACACAGCAAGAAGGCUGGAGCCAAGGGCAAAGUUGGAGGACGCUGGAAGUAAAGAACUGGAAGGUGCCUGCAGGCAGAAUCUUCAGAGGUGGCAUGACUAAAGAUUGUUGGCCUUCCUUUUCCUCUUUAAACAUGAAUUCCGUUCCCUUGCCUGAGCAAAACCAUAGUUGCAACACCAGCCUGGAUUGCCUACUGCUUUCUUCAAGGGCUCCCACAUCUUCUAGAGCAAGUGCCCUGGAAUUGAGAUGACUCCCUGCUGACACCUUUUACUACCUGCUGUGUGUGUCCUUUAUUUUCCAAAUUCCAGCCCUGCGCUGCCCAGUAGAUUGCAGUGUAUAAAUCACUUGGUUUUGUAAAUAAAGUGUGACCGAUAAUGAACUUCA